UGGGCGUAGUGGGCGUGGUUUUGGGCGGUGGCGCGCAUGCGCAGAGCGGAGGGGGCGUGGCCUGGGAGCGUUGGGGCCGCGCGCGGAGAGAGGAGGCCCCCCCAUGGCGGAGCCGCUGCAGAAGAAGCUCCAGGGGGAGCUGGAGAAAUAUCAGCAGUUACAGAAAGAGCUGGGCCGGGCGGUGGCGGCGAGGCAGAAACUGGAGACGCAGCUGACGGAAAACAACAUCGUGCAGGAGGAGCUGAACCUCCUGGACUCCUCCAAUUCCAUUUUCAAGCUGCUGGGGCCGGUGCUGGUGAGGCAGGAGCUGGAGGAGGCCAAAAACACCGUGGGGAAAAGGCUGGAAUACAUCCAGGGGGAGAUGAAGCGCUACGAUCAGCAGAUGCAGGAUCUGGAGCGGCGCUCGGAGCAGCAGCGGGAGCUCCUGGGGCGGCUCCAGCAGGAGCUGCAGGCCAAGCCCUGACCCCCAAAAUUUUGGAAGUCCCAAAAAAUCCCAAAAUUCCCAAAAA